CGUUAGCUGAAACAGGAAGAGGCGAAGAGAUGCCCGAGGUGAAGAGCAGAAAACUUGUGCUGGGUGUUUCAUUCUAAACGAUUUGGUGGCAAGAAGAUCGUCUCCUUUCAACAGGAACAAAGAAUUGACUGAGGAUGACUCUGCAGUGGACCGCCGUAGCACUCUUCCUGUACAUAGAGAUCGGAAUCCUCGUCAUCCUCUGCCUGCCCUUCAUUUCUGCCCAAAGAUGGCAGUCCAUUUUCAAAUUGAACAUCUGGAACAAAGUGGCCCGCUUCUGGAAUAAAGGCUUCCUGACUAUGAUAAUAAUCCUCAUUGUUCUCUUCCUUGAUGCUGUGCGGGAAGUGCGGAAGUAUUCGGGGGCGGAGCAUGGUAAAGACGCCAAGCUGCACCCCAAUAUGUUCGAUCACCUGCACAUGAAGCUGUUCCGCGCCCAGAGGAAUCUCUACAUCUCGGGCUUCUCUCUCUUCCUCUGGCUCGUCAUGAGGCGGGUCAUCACCUUGAUUAACCAGCUGGCCACAGCCAUUGGCACCGGCACCGCAUUGCAGACCCAGGCAGACAGCGCCAAUGAGGCGGCCAAGAAGUACAUGGAGGACAACGAGCACCUGAAACAGGCUCUGGAAGAGGGCAAGGGUGAGAAGAAGACUGGGGAGGGCAGUGAGGCUCUGAAAAAGGAGGUGACCAGGCUGGUGGAGGAGCUGGCGACCUCAAACAACGCUCUGAAAAAGUCUCAUGCUGAAGCUGAGGCCAUGAGGAAGCAAGUAGAAGGCCUGACCCAAGAGUAUGACCGACUCCUCCAAGAGCACCAGAAGCUACAGAACCUUCAGCAAGACGCAGGAGACAAAAAGGACCAGUAGACGAGUGAGCAGUGCGCGGUCAAAGGAGAGACCGAAAGGACCGCACACGGUCCCGUUUCCCAUGCACCCCAGAUGUGACCACAACACACACCACCGAGGAACACCUUCACCUGGAUCCAGCCAUUCACAUAACAAAACGUCUGGGGAGACGCGUCCAGAGAAUGCUUACUCUUAAAAUUGUACCAAUCCAGCUUCCAUACUUGUACAAACACACUGCAUACAAUUUCCAAAGGUUACUGUAACGAUACUGAUGUGUUCAGGUGAUAAGAGAAUGUUAGGGUUUUUUUAUAUAUAUAUGUAUCUGAUGUGUAUUGUUUGUAUGUGAUGGUGAAACGCAAGCACCCGCACGCACGCUUUGAGCCCCCUGACACUUUGGCCUGCUGUUUCAGCUCGCCUAUCACUGAGAUUAUUGCACUUGGUCUUCGAUGAGCGCCAGCGAUCGCAUGGUUUUCUGGAAUUUCACAGCUUGCUUGCGUGGCGCUCGCUGUGAAUUUGGUUCGGCCCGAAACGCAGCGUUUGCCAGCGGAAGCGUUGCGUUCUCGCGUUCUCGCGUUCGCACGUUUGAUCUGUUGGAUUGCGGGUGCGAUCUCACAGAGGCACGACCGCGAGCUCAGCCCGCUGGCACCGCCGCCUGGGGCCUGCACUUGUUGUCCAGUUCUCUGUUGAGGUUUUGCUUUCAAAGUUUGACAUUUUCACUGGGUCAGCGUAAGUGUUCCCUGAUCUUCAGACAGUGAAAAUCGGUGAUAAUGUUCAUUUGUUUUCCUGCUUUUAAAAUGUUCUCAAAAUGUGAAAAAAGUGAACUUUUGCCAAUGUAAAGUUAAAGGACCGUUUCCUAGGUUGCUCAUUUCAUUGUUCUGUUGAAAUGUAUGAUGUUGUAAAGCAGCAGGCAGAGCUUGGCACCCUUAUCAGUCUGUCUCACUGACCGAAAACCACUGCAGCGGGGACCCACCAUGCAUGUUGAUUGGCAUCUGUUUUAAUUUGUUAAAUCUGUUCAUUUGGAUUGAGUGGAUGAUAUUGUGUUAUGCUGUCUUUGGAGAAUGGGCGAGAGCGAAGAUGAGCAGCCCUGAUCCUGGACUGCUGAAGGUGUCUUGGUUUGGCUUGGUUUACAAGCUCCUGAUUGCAGAAUGUGGUCAGUGGUUGCAGUAAAUUAUGCUGGUGACUUUGUGCCUUUGGUGAAAUGCGCAGUGCCUCUGUUGGACAGGGGUUGGAGUGGCGGUUCCCCAGUCCCUGACAGAGGAAGGACGGUGCGCUAGAGUGACCUCACAAGUGCCUGAAGACGCAGUGGCAAAUGUACCAGCACAGCAUGCAUAUCCGUGUACAUUUUUGUUUAGAGAAAUAAGCGACGAGCACUUAAAAUGAACCAUAGCUGGUUUA